AUGGAGGCGGCGGCGGCGGAGAGGCAGCGGGAGGAGGCCGAGGCCGAGGCCGAGGCGGCCUGGCGCCCGCAGGCGGCGGAGCCGCUGCCGGCGGAGGAGGAGGACGAAGAGGAGGCGUUACACCUCGCCAAGCGGAGGAGGGUGCUGUGCUCCGAGUUCGCCGCCAUCACCAGCAGCGACGCGGCGGUGGCGCGCCGCUUCUUGGCCGGCAACGACUGGCACAUGCAGAGGGCGCUGAACGCCUAUUUCGAGCCGCCGCUGGAGAAGGAGGAGGCGGCAGGCGGGGUGCCGCCGGCCUGCGCGGGGCCCGGGAGCUGUAUUGACCUCACAGCAGAUGCAACUACUAGUAAUGCCGGUGUCAAUGGUGCAGACUCGAGGCAACAAGAAGAUGACAGCAGCUUCUCACUGAUAACCUGGAACAUUGAUGGACUGGAUCUAGGAAAUCUGAAAGAACGAGCUAGAGGAAUCUGUUCUUACCUGGCAUUAUAUAGUCCAGAUGUUGUGUUUUUACAAGAGGUCAUCCCACCACAUCUCUGUCUUCUACAGAUGAGAGCAGGCAGUUACACUAUUAUUCCAGGUAACAUAGAUGGCUAUUUCACUGCCAUAAUGUUGAAGAAAUCAAGAGUGAAGGUACUGAAACAUGAGAUAAUACCUUUUCCAACAACCUCCAUGAUGAGGAACCUUUUGGUUGUGCAUGUGAACAUAUCUGGUAAUGAACUUUGCCUUAUGACCUCUCAUCUGGAGAGCACUAAAAAUCACUCUAAGGAGCGUUUGAAGCAACUGCAAAUAGUGUUAAACAAAAUGCAGAAGGAGUCUGAGUCCACCACUGUUAUAUUUGGAGGGGAUACAAACCUCAGAGACAGUGAGGUUACUAAACUAGGUAGCUUACCUAACAACAUUACAGAUAUCUGGGAGUUUCUUGGUAAACCUCAACACUGCCGCUACACUUGGGACACCCACUCCAAUACCAACCUGGAUGCAGAGUACAAGUGCAAGAUGAGGUUUGACCGCAUUUACUUUCGGCCUACAGCAGACGGAGGACAUAUUAUUCCACGAAGUAUGGACUUAAUCGGAUUGGAAAAACUAGAUUGUGGCAGAUUCCCUAGUGAUCACUGGGGUCUUCUGUGUAACUUCGAUGUGAUAUUAUAAAAAAGAUAAAAGGCUUGCGUUGUUAGUUUUCAGGUGAUCUGUUCUUGUUUUUACAAAAUUUUACCCUCUCAGUUUAAGUAGAACGUAUUUAAAUUUUCAACCCUAAUGCAUUCUUUUCUCUUUACUUACGCUGGAAUGGUUUCAUUUCAAGCUGGGGUUUCCUUUUCCUCAUUAUAUGCAUCUGUUCUUGAAUCAUGUUUUUAAAUAUUUAUUUUUAACAAUGUAUGCAAAUACAAAAACAAAUUCUAGUUUUAAAAUGGGAGGAAAAGCCUGUAAAUACAAUUCAUAAACAUACUCAGUGGUUUAAAAGACACUUAUUUUGGCAUGUAUUAUAAUCUAGUAAUAAAUGCUGCUUUUUAUUUUAAGAAUACUUUUAUUAUACUUGCUUUGUUUCUUUUCUAACCAUUUCCACCAUCCUUGACAACUCUGUCUUUUGUAGGGUGUUUUGUAUUAGCUCGUGAAGCUUGUGUUAUAUGUACUUACACCUUCGGGCAAGACAAUAAAGGAGCU